AUGACUAAAAUCACAACCCUCCUCUUUGACUGCGACAACACGCUUGUGCUCUCUGAAGAGCUCGCAUUCGAAGCAUGCGCCGACCUCGCCAACGAGAUCCUCGAAUCUCGCAAUAUCCCUGAUCGCUAUACCGGGCCACAACUCCUCAAUGAAUUCGUCGGCCAGAACUUCCGCGGCAUGAUGGUCGCCUUGAAAGCGAAAUUCAAAUACGAGAUGAGCGACGAGGAGCUGGAGUCGUACGUCAGCAAGGAGGAGGACAAGGUGAUUGGGAAACUGAAGCAGAGUUUGAGGCCUUGUGAUGGUGUUGAUGCCGAAUUAGAGAAGCUCGCCAAGAGCAAUAAAUAUCAGCUCUCCGUCGUUUCCUCUUCCGCCCUGCGCCGUGUUAAAGCAUCGGUCGAGAAGGUCGGACAAGACAAGUACUUUGACCCGAACCAUAUCUUCUCCGCCGCUACGUCCCUUCCUGAACCGACAUCAAAGCCGAAUCCCGCCAUCUACCUCCACGCUAUGAACGUCCUCGGCAAAACCGCAGAAGAGUGCGUCGCGGUUGAAGACUCUAAGAGCGGCGCGACGGCGGCGUUCAGAGCGCAUAUUAAGACGAUCGGGUACACGGGCUCUUACGAACCGGAGAAGCAGGAGCAGAUGAGAGAGGUACUCAAGAAUGCGGGGUGUGUGGUUAUCAUGAAUCAUUGGUCGGAGUUCGAGAGCGCGUUGAAGAAGAUAGAGAACGAUGAGGUUUAG